GAGUGACGGCUCCCUGAGGCCAAGAACCUAUUAAGCCCACUUUUAUUCCAUUCGACUGCAACAAGCAGACGCCGACCCUGCUAGAAACGAUCUGAUAAAAGGAACGUUCUCCAACACCCUGGCCAAUCCUCCCUCCUCACUCCUUCUUUUCGGUUUCGUGGCUUACAAUUUACUCAACCAACGCCUGCUUUCUGAUCCACGCGUCUGAUUCUCGCGUCUUUCCCGCAGAUCUCGAACUAGACUCCCCACACAAAGAAUGAAGAGAAGCGAUUUCCUUUCUUGGCUGCGGCGCGCAGAGGCGCCCGUAGCACAACAGGAAGUUUCUCCUCAGAAAGUCGCUACCGAUAGAGAAGCAAGCAUGGCCAACGACGUUCCCCCCCUUGCACACAAUGUCGACCGUGACUCGGACGAGAUUUCGCUGGGUGCCCAAGCCGGCGUCCAGGGCGUCGAGGCGCUUGCCAAGGUUUGGACAAAAUCCCACCUCAUCCUCGCAUACGUCUGCAUCUGGUGCAUUGCCUUCGUAGACGCCAUGCAGCAGGGCAUGUCGACGACCCUGACGCCGUACGUGACGAGCUCGUUUAGCAGCCACUCUCUGACGGCCGCCACAUCCAUCUUCUCCAGUCUAAUCGGCGGUCUCUUCAAACUGCCACUCGCCAAGAUCCUGGACGUCUGGGGUCGCCCCCAAGGCUUUGUCACCAUGAUGGUUUGCCUGACAAUCGGCCUGAUCAUGAUGGCCGGCUGCAAUUCUGUCGAGACGUAUGCGGCCGGCCAGGUGUUCUACUGGGUUGGAUACAACGGCAUCACUUACACGAUUUCCAUCUUCAUCGCCGACACCUCGGCACUCAAGAACCGAGCCUUGAUGUUCGCCUUUGUAUCUUCGCCCUACAUCAUAACCGUGUGGAUCGGCGGACCGUUAGCGGAUGCUUUUUACAACGGGCCUGGCUUCCGUUGGGGCUUCGGUGCCUUCGCCAUCAUCACGCCCGCGAUAUGCUCACCACUUCUCGCCUUGUUCUACAUCAACUACCGAAAGGCCAGAAAGAUGGGCCUCAUCCCGGACCGGAAGAGCGACCGUACGUUAUUGCAGUCGCUCAGGCACUAUGCCAUUGAGUUCGACCUGGUUGGCCUCAUCCUGAUCACGGCCGGCAUGGCCCUGCUUCUGCUGCCGUUCAACCUCUAUACCCGACAGGCUGAAGAAUGGAGGUCGCCCAUGCUGAUCGCCUUCUUCAUCGUUGGCGGCCUGAUGCUGAUCGCCUUCGCCUUGUACGAGAAAUUUCUCGCUCCCAAGACAUUUAUCCCUUACGAGCUGCUCAUGGACCGCACCGUUCUGGGCGCCUGCACCCUUGCCGGAGUGCUGUUUGUGUCGUUCUACAUCUGGGACAGCUACUUUUCGUCAUUCCUCCAGGUGGUAAACGGCCUCGACAUGACAAAGUCGUCCUACAUCCUCAACGUUUACAGUAUCGGAAGCUGCUUCUGGUCCCUGGUGGCUGGCGUUUUGGUUCGCGUCACCGGCCGUUUCAAAUGGUUGGCCGUCUACUUCGGCUUGCCCGUUACGAUCCUCGGGGUCGGUUUGAUGGCCUACUUUCGCCAACCGGAUGUCAACAUUGGCUACAUUGUCAUGUGUCAGAUCUUCAUCGCCGUGGCGGGAGGGACACUCGUCAUCUGCGAGCAGAUGGCCGUCAUGGCAGCCACCACGCACCAGUACAUUACCGUCGUGCUCGCCGUCGAGGCCAUGUUCGCGAGCGUCGGCGGCGCCAUCGGCUCGACUGUUGCGGGAGCUAUUUGGAACGGCGUCUUUCCAAAGAAGUUGGCCCAGCACCUUCCGCCCGAGUCACAGGGCAGCUUGACAACCAUUGUCGGCUCACUCGAGAAGCAACUGUCGUACCCCAUGGGUUCGCCCACGCGGACGGCGAUUCAACACGCGUACGGCGACGCGCAGCGCAUCAUGAUCAUUGCAUCGACGGUCAUUCAGGUUAUCUCGGUUGCGUCGGUGGUUGUUUGGAAGGACUUCAGGGUAAAGGACUUCAAACAGGUCAAGGGCUUGGUCAUCUGAGUUGGUGCCACGCAAGGAGAUUUUUUCGUUUGGAUACCCCUCUUGUCUGUUUGCAUAUUAGUUGCCUUGGGUGUUCAGGUAAUUAUGCACAAAGUACGUAUGUAUCUGCUGUUCAUGUGGCUUCCUGAAUUUGGUAAGCGCCAACUGUUCUCAUCUCAUUCGCCUUUCGUUAAUAAGGUA